GCCCGGGAGCCGCGGGCUGUACGCGGCGGACGCUCGCUGGCGUACAUGCAAAUCUCUUCUUCCCCCUUAUCGUGAGGAGAAGCGUCUGACCAAGCCGAGAUGCAGAGCACUUCCAACCAUCUGUGGCUUUUGUCUGAUAUCCUAGGCCAAGGGGCUACUGCAAAUGUCUUCCGAGGAAGGCAUAAGAAAACUGGUGAUCUCUAUGCUGUCAAAGUAUUUAAUAACAUAAGCUUCCUUCGCCCAGUGGAUGUUCAAAUGAGAGAAUUUGAAGUGUUAAAAAAGCUCAAUCACAAAAACAUUGUCAAAUUAUUUGCUAUUGAAGAAGAGACAACAACAAGACAUAAAGUACUUAUCAUGGAGUUCUGUCCCUGUGGGAGUUUAUACACUGUGUUAGAGGAGCCAUCCAAUGCCUAUGGACUGCCAGAAUCAGAGUUUUUAAUUGUUUUACGAGAUGUGGUGGGCGGAAUGAAUCAUCUCCGAGAGAACGGCAUAGUGCACCGUGAUAUCAAGCCAGGGAACAUCAUGCGCGUCAUAGGAGAAGACGGACAGUCUGUGUACAAACUCACAGACUUUGGUGCCGCUAGAGAGUUAGAGGACGAUGAGCAGUUCGUGUCUCUGUAUGGCACAGAAGAGUAUUUGCACCCGGACAUGUAUGAGAGGGCAGUGCUAAGGAAGGACCAUCAGAAGAAGUACGGAGCCACCGUUGAUCUGUGGAGUGUCGGAGUCACAUUCUACCACGCAGCCACGGGGUCGCUGCCCUUUAGACCCUUCGAGGGGCCUCGGAGGAACAAAGAAGUAAUGUAUAAAAUAAUCACUGGGAAGCCUUCUGGUGCAAUAUCUGGAGUACAGAAAGCAGAAAACGGACCAAUUGACUGGAGUGGAGACAUGCCUCUUUCUUGUAGUCUUUCUCAGGGUCUUCAGGCACUGCUUACCCCAGUUCUUGCAAACAUACUUGAAGCUGAUCAGGAGAAGUGCUGGGGCUUUGACCAGUUCUUUGCAGAGACUAGUGAUGUGCUGCACCGAAUGGUAAUCCAUGUUUUCUCGCUACAGCACAUGACAGCGCUUAAGAUCUAUAUUCAUAGCUAUAACACAGCUGCUGUGUUCCAUGAACUGGUCUAUAAACAAACCAAGAUUAUUUCUUCAAAUCAAGAACUUAUCUACGAAGGACGACGCUUGGUCCUAGAACUUGGAAGACUAGCCCAGCAUUUCCCUAAAACCACAGAAGAAAAUCCUAUCUUUGUCACAAGCCGGGAACAACUCAAUUCCAUAGGUCUGAGAUAUGAAAAAAUUUCCCUACCUAAAAUACAUCCACGCUAUGACCUGGACGGGGACGCCAGCAUGGCCAAGGCAGUGACCGGGGUUGUGUGCUACGCCUGCAGAACUGCUGGCACCCUGCUGCUCUAUCAAGAACUAAUGCGGAAGGGGGUGCGGUGGCUGAUUGAACUAGUUAAAGACGACUACAAUGAGACUGUCCACAAGAAGACAGAAGUUGUGAUCACACUGGAUUUCUGCAUCAGAAACAUUGAGAAGACUGUGAAAGUAUAUGAGAAGUUGAUGAAGGUCAGCCUGGACGCCGCAGAGCUGGGUGAGAUUUCAGACAUACACACCAAGCUGCUGAGACUUUCCAGCUCUCAGGGAACAAUAGAGAGCAGUCUUCAGGACAUCAACAGCAGGCUGUCCCCAGGGGGAUCGCUGGCUGACACCUGGGCACAUCAGGAAGGCACUCAUCCAAGAGACAGGAAUGUAGAAAAGCUACAAGUCUUGUUGAAUUGCAUCACAGAGAUUUACUAUCAGUUUAAAAAGGACAAGGCAGAGCGCAGACUAGCGUAUAAUGAAGAACAGAUCCACAAGUUUGAUAAACAAAAAUUGUAUUACCAUGCAACAAAAGCAAUGACCCACUUUACCGAUGAAUGUGUCAGGAAGUAUGAAGCAUUUAAAGACACGUCUGAAGAAUGGAUGCGAAAGAUGCUUCAUCUUCGGAAACAGCUGCUAUCACUGACUAAUCAGUGUUUUGACAUCGAAGAGGAGGUGUCCAAGUAUCAAGACUACACUAACGAGUUACAAGAAACUCUGCCUCAGAAAAUGCUUGCAGCCUCCAGUGGAAUCAAGCACACCGUGGCCCCGAUCUACCCCAGUUCUAACACCUUAGUGGAGAUGACUCUCGGUAUGAAGAAGCUGAAGGAGGAGAUGGAGGGCGUGGUCAAGGAGCUGGCCGAAAACAAUCAUAUUUUAGAAAGGUUUGGGUCUUUGACAAUGGAUGGUGGCCUCCGCAAUGUGGACUGUCUUUAGCUUCUUCGGGAGUCUGGGAAGUUCUAGUUUGCACAAGAAGAUGACACUGGGGCACGAAGUGAAUGCCUUUAUGAAUGGCAUUCUUAUUUCUACAAUUCAGUAUUUGAUGAGGUCGUGUAAAUAUGUACAGUUUGUAAAUACAUAUACAUAUAUAUAUAUGAAUUUUUGGCUGCUGUAAGUAAACAAGACAGAUUGACCUCAGUGAGCUGUAGAAGAAAGCCAUGACCAGCCAAUGCUUUGGGGUGCUCUCCCUAAUUCUUCACAUGAGGCUGGAGAAAUCUAUGCUUGGUGCCUAAAGAAAGUAUUUUUUGAAUUGGCGUCCUUAAAAUUUUGAAAGGACUGAUAGUUGACACAGUUGUGAAUGGAGGAGACACAGGGCUUUGUGAUAGGAACCGAACCACGGUUUUACUAGGGUCAGUUCCUCUGACAAGGAUGAAGCGGCAUUAUUUCAUUUGACGAGGUGCCCAAAUCUGUUUUCCUCGUAUGUUUCAUUUCAGGUGAAUUAUUGAGCAAAAACUUUAAAGUGAAUUCAUUGUUUAAACUAUUCAUUUUUCGUUUGGUCACAAUGUGUAAUUGUCAUUCAGAUCCUCGUAUCAUUUCAAUUGUCUUAAGAUGUAUAUUUCUGUACUUUAAUUCUGCUGUUUCAUGAAAAAUUCUGCCUACUAUUUCAUGAAAAAUAAAUUUCUCAAUUUUAAUGU